GCACAAGCGCUACUUAGUGAAGUAGACUUGAAUGACACGCCUCUCAGUGACUGAGUUCUGGAACCCGGAAAUAACGUGCCCAUUCUAUUUACUACGCAGCUGCAGGGCUGGAACCCGCCCACCGGCCCUGUACAUUUCAAAAGCGAGGGGGUUAACCUACAUAGCCCAUCCCCUAUGACGUGACGACACAUUUCUUGCCAGCCAAUGAAAGCGACCCUGUGAUUGCUUUGACGUCACGUCCCGUGUCCUCCAUUUCUUCAUUGUUCCAGAACCCGGGCUUGUGUGAGUGUCGGUGUUAGUAGGGGUUCAGGGCAGCAAGAGGCCGAGCAGCGUUCUACCCUCUCAGCAACAAACGUGUUCCGUGUGCAGCGCGCUUAAGAAAUGGAUCGAGAAUACGGCUCAUAUAACCAAAGAAGUAUGGACUCGUAUGGAAACCAGUCUUAUUCAGUGGAUGAAAUGGGUGACAGCAAUUUUUCCAGGUUUGGACCUUAUGAGUCUUAUGACUCCAGGUCUUCUGUGGGUGGGCGAGAUCUUUACAGAUCUGGCUAUGGUUAUAAUGACCACGAACAAGGCCACUUCGGAGAUAGUUAUGAUGGUCGAUAUGAAAACCCCUACCGGAAUAGCGUUGACUCUUUUGAAGGUAGAAGCCAGGGCGGGUCUAGCUGGGAUCCAUCUUUCACACGUUCAAAAGUGAGGACUGGGUUUAUGGAGGACAGAGGAAGAGACAGUUACUCUUCCUACGGCAGUUUUUCUUCACCCUAUAUGAAGCCUGCAACAGUAGGCUCUCGGGGGAGAGGAAUGCCUGCUUAUCCCGAAAAUGCGUUUGGCGGCAGAAGCAAUGAUGCUUUUGGAGGACCAUCAAAAGGCAGAGGUCGUGGCAGAGGACAAAUGCCAGAAUAUGGUGGAAUACGGAGACCUGGGCUUGUCGGAGACUAUAAACAGCUUGGAGGAGCUGCACGAGGAGUUGCAAGAGGUGUUAAAAGGAAGAUGGCACCACCUUUUAAACCUGUGGGGGUGUUUGGCAAGAAACAGAAGUUGUCAAAACCUGGAGCAAAUCAAAACAAAACUGUUCCACCACCAGCUGAAAAAUUAAGUGAGGAAGAAGAAGAGAAGCGUCGCACUGAAGCAAGAAGAGAAAAGCAAAGGCGCCGACGAGAGAAGAACAGUGAAAAAUACGGAGAUGGGUACAGGAUGGCGUUCACAUGCUCUUUCUGCAAGUUUCGAUCCUUUGAUGAAAAAGGUAUUGAAGAACAUUUGUCAAGUACAACACAUCAAGAGAUGUUGGAUCACAUUCAGAAGCAAACAAAGUUUGACAAACCUGUCAUGGAGUUUUUGCAUGAAUGCAUUGUUAAUAAGUUUAAGAAAACUGCGGCACGUAGGGCCCAAUCUUUAGCAAAUGAGGCUGCAAAGGCUUUGGAGAAAGAUGUAAUGGAAGGUGUUACUCCAGAUGAUCACAUGAUGAAAGUUGAAACUGUGCACUGUAGUGCCUGCAGUGUGUAUGUCCCUGCAUUGCACAGCUCUGUGCAGUUACAUCUCAAAUCUGCAGACCACUCAAAGAGCAAACUGGCAUAUAAAGAACAAAUAAAAAGGGAGAGUAUUUUGACUGCUACAAGCAUCUUGAAUAACCCCCUGGUAAAAGCAAGAUAUGAGCUUUAUUUAAAGGGUGAAAAUCCAUUUGAGACUCAGCCAGAGGAGCAGCAGCAGGAGCAGGAAGAGGAAGAGGAGGAGGAGGAGCAACAAGAGCAAGCAGCAGUACCAGAACAAGACUUAUCAGAAGAACAACCAGCUGCCAUUGCAGCAGAACCUGAAGGGGAGGAUUUUACCUGUGAUCCACUGACAACUACAGAUGAAGUGUGAUUUUGUGGCACCUGUCUUUCUGACAGUAAAUCCUUGUAAAUUUAAUGUUGUGCCAUUCUAUUUUUAAACAUGGUGUUGUGAGCAUCUUUAUUUGUCAGUUUUGUAUUUGAUAUGAAAUGCUUAUAACGCUUAUACUUUUGUGUUUAUAAAUUAACAUAAUACAUAAGUUUGGUUUCUCAUGCAAUUUUAAGAUGUUAAUAAGUUUAUUGGUCAGGUUUAAUCUCUGAUACAAUGUCCGUUUUAUUUUCAUUUCUUUUUUUUUUUUUUCAUGCAAGGUUCUAGUAAUUUUAACUAAAUGCUGUGAAGUCUUGGAAUGUAUUAAUACAGUAAAACUGGCUUAAUGUUGAUCUUGGAGAAUCUCUGUAAUGUGGCAGUAUACAAAUUUUUUUUUUUUUUUACUUUUGCAUCAUUUUGCUACUUCAAAAUGUCUCACAGUGCUAACAAUUAAAUGUCAAACUUUAA